AGAGGACUGUGUCUCUACUUGCGCUCGUGAAAGAAUCAAACGUGAGAUCUCAGCUGUGAGCCGUUCGAGAGCGGCGGUGUGUACUCGCCGGGAACCUCUGAAAGGCGCAGCACUGUGUCGAAACAGUUUCGCGCCGAGGUGGAAGUUUGCACGCCCCUCUGGGGUGUAUUGACACUUGUGUCGCUGAGGCCGAUGUACACUUGACCCACACCGUGGUCUCACCUGUUGCGCAGAUGAGCUUUUGGAGUUCAUCACCUUUCGUUGUGUUUGAGAAGCGACGGUUUCCUGGUCUCGAGUUGUCCAGUUCCACAUCUAAGUGAAGGUCGAGACACCUCGUUCGGUGUCUAGGCCUCGUGUACAGCUUGUCAAUCUGUUUUUUCGUAACGAAACUCUCCUCAAAAAUUGAAGCAGACUCGCCAACUCCCCACAACCCGCGGGGCUGGCUGUCCACGUCCAGACGCAUGCAGCUCGCACAUCUUUUUGUUGUUGCUUUUCUGUAAUUUUUCCUCUUUUGCAAUCCUAGAGGGUACCUUGUAGGCGUGUCUACAUAUACAUAGACAUUUGUGUUUAAAUAUGUAUAUAUAUAUAUAUAUAUAAGUAUAUAUGUAUAUGUAUAUGCGCGUAUAUGUGUGUAUGCAGUUUUCCAAGCACAGGGGAAGCGACUGGAUUGUGGAGUGUCUGCUGCAAAAAUAGGGUGACAUUUUUGGGACGCCCGGGGGUGCUCCGUCGCUUGCAGGAGCCGCCGUUCGCGGGGCGGUUUGGUGUUUCACCUGUGCUCGAGAAUGCUAAGGUUACCACCUGACAUUUAACAUUUCUCUCUGUCGCUCGGUCUGCCGAUGCGAAGCUCCUUGGUCGGACUCGAGCUGCGUCCGGUCGCUUGACGCGCGCUUGAACGAGGCAGGAAGCGUUCCUCUUCGCGUCUAGAGGAAAUGAAGAGCCGCAGUUCGUUUCCGUGGUGCGGCGUUUUCUUUCCCCUCAGCUCCUUUCUGCUUCCCUGCUUCCCCUGCGCAGCCGAGAGUGGAGCAGAGAAGCUUCUGGUCAGUGUCUCUGGAGACGAGACAGACGACCAAGCGAGCACUGAACGCGAAAAAAACCCGGACGCCCGCGAGCGUUUCGUCCAGGCCUUCAAUGGCUCGGACAACAAGCGCGACAGAGAGAAGGAGGCCGGACGCAUGCGGCCGAGAACCAACGUGCAGCAGCCUCGCCAACGCGCGACGGACGCCUUGGAUUUCUUGGUUUCACAAACAGAGACCCCUUUGCUCGGGUGUCGACAAGGAACUGGGACAUGCGACAAAGUGAAUGCGAACUGAAACUUUGAGAAAACAAACGCAAGAACCCACUCUACGGGCUACACCGCAGAUGGACGAGAGAAGACAUGAACAGAAGACGCAGACAGCCUGCACAGACGCAAGGGAAAAGAGACGCUACCAAAGUCAGGAAAGAACCGACACCGUAGGAGACAGAGAAGAAGUGCGAAACGACGUCUGCGAGCGAGGCAAACACACAGUGAGCUUUCCACGACGAACGCGGAGCGAAGCCUCAGGGCGCAGAA